AUGGAGAAUUCUAACGUGGUUGAUCAGAUUCAUCUACAUGGGAAGGUUGGGCGCAAAACCGGUUUUCAGGUGACAAGAACGCCAAAGAAAGGACAAAAUGGUCUUGAAGAUGUCAACGAUUUCUUCCUCAGUGAAGAUGAAUUUGAGCCAACUCCAGAAUUGGGGGAAACUUCUCCCGCUAAGAGAUUGACCGAAAGGUUCAGACUGAUGAACGAAUCUUUCAAUAUCGAGAAAAAAACUGUGAAGCCCCUAGAUGAUACAGAACACCUUGAUUUUGAGCCCAGUGUGACCCCAGUGAACAGUAAGCAAGAGGAGCAUGUACCUAUACUUGAUGAAAAUUUGGGAUUAUCUGAUGAUGAAAUUGAAGAAACCAUCAAAGAUGCAGAGGAUUUAGGUACUCCCAUUAGGAUUUCAAAGAACAGGCUGACGUCAUUGACAGGUUCUCCGGCUGCUCAAUCUCCUCAACCGAAUGUUUCCCUACUUAACACGAGGAAGGUCACAAACGCUGGUAAGCUAACCAAAAAUAUCGUAUUGAAUAGAAAUACAAAGACUUCCAGAUUUCAACCUCAAAACAUAGUUAGCAAUGAGGGUUCUACUUCUGAAAAUGAAGUGAAACAUAAAAAUGAAAUUCAUAAAUCUAAAGACGCCAACAUCCUUGAGACGGAUAUCCCUGAGGAUGUAUCUGUCAAUGAAACAAAUAAAGAAAUUGGAAAUAAGAAUGAAUCUAUAACUAGCGUUGAAAAAAUCUCAGAAAAAGUGUCCAUCAAUUCAGAGCAAGAGAAGAUUAAAGAACGUCCAAAAUCUGCGAAUAAAGGAGCUACAGAACCUCCACAAAGUCCAUCUGAAGGCUAUAGUGAGGAGCGUCUCGACGCUACAAAUCAUACACAGACCUCCCAGAGGCAGAUUUCAGUACAUCCAUCUGAAUCGAAUUACUCUGCCAUCGAAUUGUCAAAAAAAACCGGGUUAGAAGCGGAUGUUUUUAUCAAGUCUGACAGACUUCCACUAGUUUCUGAAAGUACAGGAGGGAAGGUAGAUCAGGAGAUUAGUCAGGCAACUUCAAAAACAGUGGAUUCUGCGAAAAGUGAGGGACUGAUCGCACCUCAGGAAGCUUUAGAGAAGAUGUCAACAGAGUGUGCAACUAAAGGGAAUGAAAAUGUCGAACAGGAUCAAGGGUCUAAUGGUGUUCAACCUCUCGGAGAAACACAUUCAGAAUCCCCAAAGGCUCAGAAAAACACAAAUAGACGGAAAUCAAUAACAACAAAUGACAUAGUGGAACGUAUUAUUAUUAAGGACACCAAAACUAAUAUGAGUUCGCCUAUCAGAAAAUUGAGAACGCCUCGUCGUGCAACUUUAAACAAGGAUUACUCCUUGAAACCCCCUUCUUUUACCCUCACACAGGGCGCUGAAGAGAAUACUACGAAUGCAGCAAGAGUUACUGAUAAGAAAUCUCUACUAGAGUCUAAGAAUGUUCAACCUGUAAAGAAAUCUACAAUACAGUCUAAGAUUGUUCAAUCCCUAAAAACCUCACCACUUAAGUCCAAAGGCACUCAGCAAGUGAAGGAUUCCCCGAUGAAACCUAACAGUAAUCAGUCGAAAACAGCAUCAAAAACUGCUAAGGUGCCAAAUGAACCACAUUUUGUUCGCCGCUCUACUCGAACAAGAGUUGCACCGUUGGCAACAUGGAAAAAUGAGAAGAUUGUGUACAAGACUGAAAAGAUCAAUGGUGUGAUUGUCAAAUCUGUGGAUAAUGUUUUGCACAAAGACCAAGAUGUCGAGAUGUUUUCUCAGGGCCCUGCUAAAGCUGCAAAAUCGACUGUCAUUGGUACUCCUAACAAAGGACAUAGUAAACGUACACCUAGCAAGAAAACAAAGCCUGCAACCCCUGUUAAAGUUAGAAAAGCAUCUAAACUAAAUGAAAAGGCUUCUAAAAACAAUAAAAAGACCACUAAUGUUAAGGAAGCCAUUAAGGCUAAGAGUGAUUCCAAACCCGAUGUGCAAGCUUCCAAAACACAUACUGUUCCAAUUGAAAUUAAAACUACACCUCGAGGACCCAAGAAAAACUCGGAACUUAAACGUGCAUACCAGGAUUCAGACUCUAACUUGAAAAGAAAAAUGAAAAAAGUUAGUUCUCCUGUGCAAAGGACCCAUGAAGUAGUUAUAAAUUCUGAUGAAGACAGCAUUGUAAAUGGCUCUCUUAAAGAAGAAAGAGACCCCGGAACCAGCUGGCAGAAGAACAAUAAAGGUGCACUUUCAUUAUCGGUGUUUGAGGGACCUGGAACAGGUAAACAAGUUAACCGAACAGUCGCAUAUGCUCCCGACUCCUAUAAAAAUGUUACAGUGAUCAAAAAUAAAGAUGAAUAUUUCAAAGUCGGGACUUUGUUUGACCAGGACUGUGAAUUUUGUGGGGGUGGUGUUAUCGAACUGCCCUUUGAUGCAAGGAAGGCUGUCAAGUCUAACCACGACACAUAUUUUAUUUUCUAUGUAAUAUGUGGUAAAGUUGAGGUUAUUCUAAGUCGAAAUACCUUCGUUGUCACAGAGGGCUGUUCAUUCGAAAUUCCUAUGGGUAAUUACUACCAGUUCCACAAUGUGGGUGAUGUUACCGCUAAAAUGAUGUUUGUGCAAUCCAAGUAUAUUGUCAUUGGAGAUAACAUCACUUCUGAAAGUGACAGUAAUGAUGAGUCAGAUGAAUAG